AAAAGUUAGUGGGAAGUCCGCGAAAACAAAUCGCUCUUUAAGUGAGAGUCGCCUCGGCCUGUUCAGCGGGAGACACUGGCGAGUGGCGAGACAGAGAAGAUCAGCGCUACUUCCUGAGUGAAGAUGUCCAAUCCCGGAGUCAAUGCGCACCUGGAGGGCAUUAUCUCUGAUUUUGAAGCUCUGAAGAGGUCCUUCGAGGUGGAGGAUGUCGACACCUCGUCCCACUCCCCCUCCGGCUCCCGUCGGACCACCAGCUCCCCCCACCGCAACGCCAUGUCCCCCACCAGCAUCUACUACCGCGACCUGGGCACCGCCUCCAGCGCCACCAACAACAACAACCUCAACUACGCCCAGCCGCGCUCCAUCAUGGGCGGCGGCGGCUCCAAGACCCCGGAGCCCGUGUCGCGCCGCUCCGAGCUCUCCAUCGACAUCUCCUCGUCCAGCCGCCAGGUGGACAACAUCACCAGCCCGGCGUCGGCGCGCUUCGCCGCCAACAGCGCCCUGAAGCGCCCGGAGAUCCUGGGCCACUCCAAGACCCCCGAGCUGGGCCACAAGAGGGAGGUCACCUUCGCCAAGACCCCCGGCGACUCCCCGGUGAUCCGGCGCAACGACGGCGCCGGCAACAACAACAACAACGGCCUCGGCCGCGCCCCCGAGCAGAACCACGCGCGCAGGUUCGAGCCCCCGAGUCCCGGGGACGCGCGCAAACCGGAGAUCAGCAUCACCAAGGCUCCGGCGGAGAACAACGGCCACCACCCGGCGGUGCACCACCCGCACCACCCCAACCCCCACCACACCGCCAUCGUCACCACCAUCCGCUGCUCCUCGCCCAGCCACGCCGGGCGCAAGUCGCCCAAUCCUGAACGGUCAGAGGUCAACCUGAGCCACAGCAACAUGUCCGAGUCAACGAAGCCGCACCACCCGCCCCCUCAGGGAAAGGGCGAGAAGAGCCACGGCAGCGACUUCAGCUACGUGGGCAUCGACGCCAUCCUGGAGCAGAUGAGGAGGAAGGCUAUGAAGCAGGGCUUCGAGCUCAACAUCAUGGUUGUGGGGCAAAGCGGCCUGGGGAAGUCCACGCUCAUGAACACCCUGUUCAAAUCCAAAGUGAGCCGCAAGUCGGUUCAGCCCGACCCGGAGGAGAGGAUCCCCAAAACCAUUGAGAUCAAGUCCAUCAGUCACAAUAUUGAGGAGAAGGGAGUGAGGAUGAAGCUGACUGUAAUCGACACCCCCGGCUUUGGAGAUCAGAUCAAUAAUGAAAACUGCUGGCAGCCCAUCAUGAAGUUCAUCAACGACCAGUAUGAGGUGUACCUGCAGGAGGAGAUCAACAUUAACAGGAAGAAGCGCAUCCCGGACUCCAGGGUGCACUGCUGCAUUUACUUCAUACCUCCCACGGGCCACUGUCUGAGGCCCCUGGACGUGGAGUUCAUGCGGCGCCUCAGCAAGGUGGUGAACAUCGUGCCCGUCAUCGCCAAAGCCGACACGCUCACCCUGGAGGAGAGGGACUACUUCAAACAGACGAUCAGAGAGGAGCUCCGCGCCAACGGCAUCGACGUCUACCCCCAGAAAGAGUUCGACGAGGACCCCGAGGACAGGGUGAUCAACGACAAAAUCAGGGAGAUGAUCCCGUUCGCGGUGGUGGGCAGCGACCACGAGUACCAGGUGAACGGGAAGAGGAUUCUGGGACGGAAAACCAAAUGGGGCACCAUCGAAGUGGAGAAUAUUGCACACUGUGAGUUUGCCUACCUGCGGGACCUCCUCAUCAGGACACACAUGCAAAACAUCAAGGACAUCACAGGCAGCAUCCACUACGAGUCGUAUCGCGUCCGCCGGUUGAACGAGUCCAACGCCCUCUUCACGACCGUCUCGUCCGACCACGUCCUUCAGCCAAAGACCAACGGUCAGUCCGAGGAGCAGCUCGGCGCCCCGCAGGCCAACGGAGUGGCCGCCCAGCACGAAGCCCUGUCCCACGAGAUGUAGAGUCAAACAGCACACGCACACACGCACACACGCACUCUGUUUACACCAACACGCACACAGUCACGCCAUUAUGCUGUGAAGACGACAAACAAAAUCACACACCGCACAGAACGAACUGCAGGACAAACUACAUCCACGAUCAUGGGCAAUAAACCCAACGGGUCCCAUUAGUCGCCGAGUCAGAAUGCAUGAAAGUGAUUGGGGGGGGGGAUCCAUGUCAUAACUCACAAAACAUGAAAUGAUACUAGAUCCAGACGCACCUGCUGGUGCUGGUGCCGGGCCUGGUCUGCUUCGUGGUGUGGUGUAUAGUUGUAUAGCUCCUAAGGUUAUGUAGGGAUAUUUAGAUUAGGCCCGUAGAUUUACCGAAGAUGCUGUCGACAACCUCCACGCUGACAAAUAGAAACAGAAGCAAUAACCGCGUGGAGCAGCUUGUGGAGAGUCCUCCGCUAUGUUUUUAACCCCCUCCAACCACCCUGUCUUUUUCUAUAUAAUGCCAGUGUUGUGUAACAGCGUCAUAGCUUGCAUUUUACAUUGCUCAUUUACUAUUGUGUUUUAAUUGCUGUUGUUCAUGUUUUAAUAUCGAUGUGUAAGGUGAGGCGUGUGGAGGGAGCUGUGCAACUGUCGUCCCACGCAGCCAUUUUCCUCCCCCUUCCUUUUCCGCCAGUCAACCAACCAAAAGUCGCCACGUUUAUUCCGUUCUAAAUAGAAGCACAUGCAGUGUAUAGAGUUGAUUUAUGAAUAGCUUAUUUAUGUGUGUGUGUUGAGUGUAAACAGUCGAAUCGGACUUUCACUCCAGCUGUUGGCUCCCGGGCUUCGCCGCGGGUCCCAAACGGUGACCAUCCUCUUUUAGGCCGUGCUCGUUCGCUUGUCGUCGCCCGCCCUCAAACGGCCGCACCGCCGCCAAACGGACUUAACCCGCUCGUGAAGUGCUGACGUGGUCUGUGUUCGUACGUCGAGUCAACCCUGCCAGUAGCUCGUGCAUAGAACAGUGGUAUUUACGACGCCAGGCCUUUUUAACCCUCAGUGAGUCCAAGAAUUUGUGCCAAACAACCUUAAAUAACGCCCGCAAAAUUACAGGAGGCAUUUUUUCUUUCUAUAUUCAUAAAAAAUGUGUGGAUCCGUACAAGCUCAAGGAAUAUUUUAUAGAGGCUACAUCCAAAUUUAUAUAAUUCUUGCUUCUUUUAUUCAACAGUGUAUAUUUCGCCUCUUUAAGUCACAUCAAAAGUAUUUUCCUAAGAUGCAAAGCGAUAAAUUGAAAAAAACAAGCUGACUAUUAUCUUUUAUCAGAGAAAGUUAUCGGGUUACACUUGUUUACUGUGGUUCUUGUUCUUGUGUAAUUUGUUAUGAUAUCAUAGAAGGUUUUAUCUUUGAUAUGCUAUUUCAAAGAAUAAAGAUUGGUAUUUUUAUUGUU